AUGCCACCAUUUGAGGGUGAAGGAGGUAAAAAACCAAAACAAAAACGAAAACCAACAACAUCGGCUGGGGUGUAUUUUUCUCAGGCCAUUGAACUUGAACAAAAUCACAUGUUGUCAACCGGGGAGGGGCAAGCCAAUCGGACUACUACAGAUAACACCGGAAACCAAUAUGAAGAUCUACAACAACAACAAACCAAUUGCGACCAACUGGAUCAAGAAUUUGACUACAACCCACAGCAUUCCACUAGCCAUCACUUCAAUUUUACCGAUCAUGAAAACUCAUCCUCCAACAUCCGAGUUCAGCAGCUACACCAACACUUUCAGGCCGAGCAUGUCAAGAAAAAGCGUUUACUGGAAGAGAAACACUGGGAAGAGGUGUAUGAUUCGAUGUUGUAUGAUUCAAUGUUCUCAUCUUUCAAGCAAUGUGCUGUGAAAACCGCUGACUGGGGUGAUGAAGAUAAAUGGCGGCAAGACUGGAAGGGCCGGUGUCCCUGUUUGGAUAAACAAUCUCGACCUCUGGUUUUAGUCAAUAUUCUAAACCAGGUCCGGCUGAUUCAAAUGGGUUACAUCAGAACAUCGCCCAAGUUUCCCAGAAGUGCUUUCUCCAUCCGUCUCCUCCGACUACACGACAUCAUUUGGAAAAAUUGUGCUGUCUCCAUCACCCCCUUUGCAAAGGCAAUUGACGAGUAUCUAGAUGCCAACAACCCUCUUAUUCUUGUUUCUGGGGCAGACAUGGAUUCCGACCCAUUGUAUACAACUCGGGAUUGGAGGAAAACUUUGUCGACUUCUGUAGAUGUGUAUAGAGAAAUGCUCAGACGGGAAAAAAUCAUAUCCAAAGAAAUGUUGGAAAUGGAUCCAAUGGAUAAAAUGGCUGACAUCUGUACCAAGUGCUACGGUCCCUGUGUCUCUGGUAAAAAACCCAAUGAACCCGAUUAUAUUGUGUGUAUGUAUGGUAACUUCCAACAUCAAAGGCAUCUUGCAGCAAGCCACAAGAUAUCACAAUCAUCACAGCACAAAACCCUCUUCAUUUCACCAGAAGAAGUCAAGGAUAUGGAAGAUCGUAUGAACACUGUAAACCACCAAGCAGAGGGCAAUGUCAGCCUUCGGAACUUAUUUAGUGAAGAGCGGCAAUUUAACCAGUUGAUGUUUGGAACAAGUGUCUUCCAUGCGUAUGUUCAUCAAUGGUCAUGUCAACUACGGUAUAAUCCUUGCCUAAACAGUGGAUGGGUCAAGUUGCUGUUUGAGCGAGGUAAAAAUGUUGAAGAGCUGUUCAUAAAAUCUAUAGAGAAAUUGAAGGAAAUUGAAGACCAACAUGGUUACACCAGUGAGUACUUGACUCAACAGUGGCUCCGACAAAGGGAAUGUCAGCUUUCAGCCAUGGAGAAUGAUUCUGAACGGGAGAUGAUUGAAUAUGCCGAACAACUGGUUGAAGUAGAAGAUGAACUCCAAGAGACUCAGGCUAAGCGGAGGCGAACUCGAACUGAGGAAGAUCAUGAGAAACUUUGA